AUGCUUUGGUCCAGUGCCGACACGCCAUCCCAAGAUGGCACAGAGAAUGGUUACGGUGGACUAUAUAAAUGGACAAUGGAUGCACUAUUCGGAUCUAGGAUAUCGCCAUCGCGAAAGUUCAGAGAGUUUUCUCAGGACGAUACUAAUUACAACGUAAAUCUCACAGGACAAAGACUUCAUAGAACAUUUGAUAAACCAUUAGUAGAAGCGGGAUCCGAAAGGCUUAGGUCCACUUCUUUAUCAGGUCUUGAUCCAACGUUUUACAACCGGUAUGAACUAUUACCUGAGUUGAGUGAUGAUGAUGGUGUCGAUGCGGACAUUGACGUCUAUAAUCGACGCAAAAACAGCCCUUUUAUCGACCACCCCAUAAACCCAGUACCGCAAAUGAGAAAGGAACCCACGGACACAUUUGGUGCGAGAAAGGGAUAUCAAGACAGGCCAUCGAAGAAAUAUCAUGACGACGACGACGACGACUUCAGCAUUGUAGCCAAAUCACCACUUGCAGAUGAUCCCAUAAUAUCUCGAUUAUUCGAAGGCGGAAUCAAGAAUGCUGUACGACCUUCGCAAAUUCCGGGCAAAUUCCCAUCGCCUGUGAAAGUCACUGCCACUAAGUUCGAUUAUACAGAGGAGUACUUAAGCAUUCUGGAUCAAUUGGAGAAAAACGACAGAUUGCUCUCAGAUAUGAACACUAAUCUUCAAACGAAGCGCGACUUGAAUAUAAAACAAGAAGAGACAUACAAAAUGAAGUAUCGCCACACAAGAUCCGAGCUAAUCAAAGAAUUGAAACAUUCAAAGGCUCUUUAUGAUAAUUACUACAAACUGUAUGGCAAAUAUCAACAGCUGAAGACACUCAGUCAGGAUGCAGUUCAAUUACAAACACAAGUGUCCAAUUUAGAGACUCAGUUGGUCGAUAGUGCUAUAGAAAAGGAAAAGCAAAUUCACUCUUUGACGAAAAGAAUGUUUGAUCUUGAGCAGCGAGUUCGGGAAGCUGAGUCUUCCAAGGAAAGGGAAGCACAAAGGUAUGAAGCACACAUUGCAGGACUUGAGGCCCAACUUGCAGCACGACAGCUUCCUCCUUCUGGGGUCUCUUCCUUGUCAUUCUCACCAUCGCGUUCCCAUUAUCGAGACCAAAGUUCACUGUCGGAUUACAAUGCGGUCGUAGAUACACAGUUCCUCAAAAACCUUCAUUAA